CCGAGUCUCCUAUGAAGAGGCGACUCUCAGGAACAUCAGUUAGCACCAGACAACGGAACAGAGAGGAUGGCAGACAUUCAGCUCAGCAAGUACCAUGUGUCUAAGGACAUCGGAUUUCUACUGGAGCCGCUGCAGGAUGUUUUGCCUGAUUAUUUCGAGCCCUGGAACCGCCUGGCGAAGUCUUUGCCAGACCUGGUAGCCAGUCACAAGUUCAGAGAUGCCGUGAAAGAGAUGCCGCUGUUGGAUUCCUCCAAGUUGGCCGGGUACCGUCAGAAGCGUUUGGCACAUCUGCAGCUGGUUCUAAUAACAUCCGGGUACCUGUGGCAGGAGGGGGAAGGUGGGGCAGUGCAGCGGCUGCCGGAAUGUGUUGCCAAGCCGUUGUGGAACGUGUCCAACGACCUGGGCCUCAAGCCUGUCCUGACAUAUGGCGAUGUGUGUCUGACAAACUGCAAAGUCAAGAACGGGGACAUCGAAGUCAUGUACAAUCUUCCUGGAGGUGCCGGCACGGAGUGGUUCUUGAAGGUGUGCGGAAUCGUGGAGCUCACUCUUGGGAAAGGUGCCCAGUCAGUUCAGAAUAUACUGGAUGGUGCUAAGGCAAACGACAAGGCCAAGCUGACGUCCGGGUUGACUGAACUGACGACCGUCAUCGGCAACAUGCAGACUUCCUUGGCAAAGAUGAACGAUAAUUUAACACCUGAACAUUUCUACAACGUUCUGCGUCCAUUCCUUGGAGGAUUUGGUGGACCAGCCAGCCCCAUCAGCGGUGGACUUAUCUAUGAAGGUGUUUCAGAUGCACCAGUGAAGAUGAUCGGUGGUAGUGCAGCCCAGAGUAGUGCAAUGCAGCUCCUUGACAACCUCCUGGGAGUGACACAUUCCCCAGACAAACAGGCCUUCCUGGAUGAAAUCAGCAACUACAUGAUCCCCGCCCACAAACAACUACUCGUUGAUCUGACGAAAAUGCCGCGCAAAGUACCUCAAGUUGUGGCAGAAGCCAAAGAUGCCAAUCUGAGCAAAGCAUACACCGGUUGCGUUGCCGCCCUCACCCAGUACCGUACCUAUCACAUACAGGUCGUAACGAAGUACAUCGUGACAGCUUCAAAGUCAGACGCACCCAAGAGUCUCGCGUAUAAGGACACAGGUAGAUCAGAUCUCAUUCCUUUCCUGAAGGAAGUACGAGAUGACACAGAGAAGAUGCAGAAGUAAAUGGCAGCAGGAUGUUGACUGUGUGCCGAGAGUCUGUUUCCUGGCUUCACUAAUUCUGGGAGAAGGACAUCAGCAGUGACAACAUCCCACGCCACACUGGGGUCCCAUCAUAACGUAGCUGUCAGAGUGAUAUGGAUGAAGUUCUAUAUUAGUUCUCUGUGUUAGCAGGCAUCAUAGACCGUGUUUUGGAAGGCUGCAGAUCUCUCUAUGCUGCUAUAGAGCUUUUCACACGUGUUGUUUUCUUUUUAUAAAAAAUACUGACAAUGCAUUGUGUAAUAAAAGUGAAAGUUA